UCUCAAAAUCCGAUUUAUAGCAGUGAAAAUUUGAAGGAGCUAGCCGCAUUAUAUGGAAAACCGUUAGUAGAAGAAGAAUAUUUAAGCAUAACUGUUUGAAAAAAGGUGAAAAAGAAAAAUUUUUAAAAAUUGCCAGAUCACAGGCAAGGACGUCGACGUCACAGCCGGGCGCUAACAACAUCUCGAGAGAUUUCCUGAUGAAAAUGAAUAAUUUGGAUCACGUCAAGAAUUUCUACCCGGAAAACUAUAAAUUGGAUUUAUCGGAAACAAUGAAGGCGGCAUUGUCGAAAGGUGGCGGAGGUGGUGGUCCGGGUUCAGCGCCAGGUGCAGGUCCCUCGGGAGUGGGUGGUGGUAUGUCAGCGCCCUCAUCGUCCACAGUGGGUGGUGGCCCACAUGGUGGUGCUGGUGAUAUUCCAUCAUCGGUCAAUCCCGGCCUAUCUGGUUCAGGUUAUGUGACAGAGAAAUUGUAUAUGUUGUUGCAAUUGUAUUUGCAAAACAAAGGUUGGAAUCCAAGUGCAGAACUUUUGCAAUGUUUUUCCGAUCUGAAAGAUAAUGCAUUGUUACCGAGUGCAGGAUAUUUACAGGUAUUGGCCAAUCGCAUGACGUUGGACUCCCAAGGACGUUUAGUGUUGCGUGAAAAUGGUAAAAUUGUCUUACCCUUUGAACAUUUCGCCAAUGCUGUCAUGUUGAAACAUAUGUCCGGUCCACAUGGCCUGCACUUGAGUGUUGAUGCUACCGUUCGAGCUGUCCUAGAAUCCUAUACCAUUGGAAGAGAAAAUUUCGGCAUGGAAAAGGAGUUUAUCAUUGAAGUGGUCCAAUCUUGCCCCAGUCCGGCUUGUCGUUAUUAUAAAAAUCACGUGGGUAUAUCACCAUUACCAUUUAUGGACCAACAAUUUCCCGGAGUUAGUCCUGAAUUUUUGCAACAUUUACCACAUCUACCACCGCCACCACCACCUCAUGGUCAUGUCCCGGGAGCUGGUGGUGGUACUGUUAGUGGUCCUAGUUCGGCGGGAAGUAAUAGUUCCGCAACGAGUAGUUCUGCUGGAGGUGGUGAAGUGGAUUUAUCGGCAAAGUCUCCACUGUUUCCACCACAAUUGCAGCACUUGACGAAGCAGCAACAAUCUCAGUUGUCACAAAUUAGUGCAGCUGUGGCUGCCGUGGCCAAACAACAGCAGCAGCAACAACAACAGCAGCAACAUCAUCAGCAGCAGCAACAACAUCAUCAACAGCAACAACAACAGCACCAACAACAGGCCGCCUUACAGCAGGCAGCCGCAGCUGCUGCAGCCCAACAACAGCAACAACAACAAUUGACGGCAGCCCUAUUGCAACAACAACAGAGUCGGGCAUUGGCCCAACAAAGUUUUGAAAAAUUCAAUAACUUAUCCGCCCUAGAAAAGCAAAGGGUUCUCUCAUCGGCAGCCGCAAUGGCUCUCUCAGCUGGUAAUCCCAAUCAAGGAGUUCCUUUGCCAACACACCACAGCAGUGGCCAUCAUCAGUUGCCACCACCACCGCAAUCUCCCACCACAAUGCAUAGUAGCAGAUCAUCAUCGUCGUCGUCCUCCACAGCUCAUAUGGUUGAACAAAUGGUACAGAAAAGUGUUGAAACUUUGCGCUCAAAUCUUGAAACAUUGGAAUCGAAUAAAGAUCUUUUGGCUUUACACAAUGGGGCAUGGUCUAACAAUAAUCCGGAUAUGAAUUCCCGAGAUAAUUUACCCGUUGGCCAGGAUAAAAUAGUGCGGGUAUUUUCCGAAUUAAUGCGUAAUAUGGCACGUAUGAAAACCUAUAUACGUCCAUCAAUGUGUAAACCCUAUGGUAAACAAAGUGAAUCCUUGCAGAAAACUUUAAUGGACACCAUACAAAUUGUUCAAACUUUACGCAAUUAUUUACCACCACCCCAUAUACAAGUCUCUUCGUGGAAAAGUGAAAGUGAGGGUACAUCAAAUUUAAAUGAUGGUAGUGGUGUUGGUGGCAUUGGAGGUGGUGUUAUGGGAGUUGGUCCAAAUGGUGGCGGUAUUGGUGGCAUGUCUUCUGUUGGUGGCAAUAAUGGUCCAUCCCUUAUUACUAAUCUAUCAACAAAUCGUAUUGAGAAUUUAAGCAAUUAG